CAGCAACAACAACAGCAACAUUUCGUGCGAAAAUGUUCACAUCAAAGCAACAACAACUGCAGCAAGGACCUCAUCGACUGUCACGCCUGCUACACAUUUGCCUGCUCCUGCUAUCGCUGAGCUGGGCGGCCAACGGCAGCAACAUUGUGGAGCCCGAGGAGGCAGCUUUUCAAGGUCACUGCGGUCAUACGAGUCCCUGCGAGCAGCUCUGCUACGAGAUCCACGAUGGGAUGUACGAGUGCGACUGCAUCGAGGGCUACGAGCUGAACAAGAAUGGCUACAGCUGUCAAGUGAUAAACACGACAAACAGCGGCCAGGAUGGGCACGGUAAAUCGGAUGAGGAUGUGCUCUACCAGAAGGGCGCAUCCUUCAGUGCAAAGCUCGCCAAUGCAGCGGCGGCGGCGGUGGCAACGGCCGGCGGGCAGGCGGAUGGGAAUGCGAAUGCGGAUGCGGAUGCGGCUGAAGCGGAUGCGAAUAGCGAAUAUGAUUACAACGAUGAGAAUUUAGAUGGCAUGCGGGAACAGAAAGUCAAUUCAAACGAUUAUUACAUAUCAGCGGAGAGCAUUAGCUUCAAUGAGAAUCAGGAGCUGGAUGCGGCCGACUUUAAGGUGGCGACCACAGCGGGCACAGCCACCAAACUAACCAAAUCGACUAAAGCUGCGCCAACAACCACGACGACAACAACAACGACAACAGCAGCAACAACUACAACAACAGCAGCAACAACACCAGCUGCAAGAUCGACAAUUGAGCGUGGCCAAAUGGCAAACAAAGCCAAUGGCCAGCGCAAUGCCAUGGAUUAUGGCUUGGCCGAUGUGGAUGGCGAUGGCGAUGGCGAUGUCGAUGAGUAUUAUAGCUAUAAAGCGGACAUGUCCAUCUAUGACGAUGUCAAUAAUAAUCAAUUAAAUUUAAGACGCAACAGCAACAGUAACAGCAAUUCGCAUACAUAUCAGCAGACUAGCAAAAGCAACAACAACAACUUGAACAACUUGAACAACAACAACUUGAACAACGACAACUUUAAGGUCGCAAUGCAUAUCAACAAUAAUAAGAAUGCUGCCAAUAGCAACAUAUCACUUAAGACAACAACAACAACUAGUACUACUACUACAACAACAACAACAGCAGCUGCAAUCAGCAGCACACUUUGCAAUCUGGAUUGCGGCGCAGAGGGUAUUUGUGCUCUGGAGGCAACGGCGUCCACAGCGCGCUGUUUGUGCCCAUUUGGCAAAACGGGCGAAAAUUGCCUGGAAGAUAUCAGGGCGCACGUGCCACGCUUUGCGAAGCGCUCCUGGCUGGCAUUUCCGGCACUCCACGGCGCCUAUAAGCAUGUUCAGCUGCGGCUGGAAUUCCGUCCAGAAUCCUUUGAUGGCAUCAUAUUGCUGAGCGGGGAGCGAGAUGAUCUAACUGGCGAUUUUAUGGCCCUGCUGCUGAACAAGGGCUUCGUGGAGUUCUGGUUCGAUUGCGGCUCCGGCGUGGGCAGCGUGCGAUCCAGAGAGACCAUCAUGCUGAACGAGUGGAACUCGGUGAUUAUCUAUCGCCAUCGUUGGGAUGCCUGGCUGGUGCUCAAUCACGGCACCAAAGUCCAGGGCAGAUCGAAUGGUCUCUUCUCGCGCAUCACAUUCCGUGAGCCGGUCUUUCUGGGCGGCAUUGGCAACAUCACGGGCCUGGCCAAGCGUCUGCCGCUGGCCGAGGGCUUUGCCGGCUGCAUUCGCCGCUUCGUGGCCAACGAGCACGACUACAAGUUCACGGAGCAUCCGCUGGGCGAUGUCAUCAAUGGCUUCGAUAUACAGGAUUGCUCGACGGACAAGUGCGUGCGUUAUCCUUGCCAGCAUGGCGGCAAGUGUUUGCCCUCGGAUCAGGGCGCUGUUUGCCUGUGUCCGAUUGGCUUUGUCGGUGAUUUGUGCGAGAUACGCAUGGAUUUGCAGGUGCCCGCCUUCAAUGGCUCCUCUUUUCUGCGCUAUGCGCCGCUGGGCGACAGCGCUUUGAUCUGGCUGGAGCUGAAGGUCAUAUUGAAGCCGGAGCAGCCGGACGGUCUGAUACUCUACUCGGGGCCGGAGCAACGCGGCGAUUUUAUAGCUUUGUAUCUGCACGAUGGCUUUGUGGAGUUUGCCUUUGAUUUGGGCAGCGGCCCAGCGGUGGUGCGCAGUGAACACUCGCUGAGUCUGGGACAAUGGCACACCAUCAAGAUCUCAAGGACCGCACGCCUGGCUGUGCUUAAGAUCGAUCAGCAUCAGGAGGUCAUGACUAUUUCCUCGAAUGGCUUCUGGCAUCUGUCGCUGGCGCAGAACCUAUUUGUGGGCGGCGUCAAUCAUGUGGACCGUCUGCCAUUGGAUCUCAAGUACAAGUCCUUCUUUGUGGGCUGCAUUCAGCGCAUUGACAUCAAUGGCCACUCGCUGGGCAUUGUGGCGGAGGCGCUGGGCGGCAGCAACAUUGGCAACUGCCCGCACGCUUGUGUGGCCCGGCCCUGCGGACCGCUGGCCGAGUGUGUGCCGCAGAUGGAGAGCUACGAGUGCCGUUGCAGCAUCUACAACGAGCGCUGCAACAAGGCAGCUGAAGUGCCGCCCGAGCAGCUGCCGGAGCUGAUGCUGCACAAGCAGCACAAUGGCCAGCCACUUGAGGCCAAACAAUACAAAGGAGUUGAGUCGAAGAAAUUGUGGGCGCACAAGAAGCAUUCCUCAAAGCGCAAGAAUAUGCAUAAGCACAAGACGGCACCUGCAACCACCAGCAGCAGCACUAGCACCAGCACCACUUCAACCACCACCACCACCACCACAACGACAACGACUACAGCCAAGCCACCCACACCAGCUGCAGUGGGUGGUGCGCCCAGCAAUGAGGAAAUCGAAGACGAUAUCAUCUUUCGCUUUGUGCAUGAGAAUGCCGCAAAGGCGCCCAGCCCCAUUGUGGGGCUGCAGCAGGCCCCACUCGUGGGCAAGCAGCAUGUGAGCAAGCACGAGCACCAUCAGAAGCCGAACACCUUUGCGCACAAGCUUGCCCGCCUGCCCACACACUACGAAAGUUUCCAAACAAAUCCGGAUAGCGAUAUACUAACAUUCGAUGAUAACAACGAUUGGGUGGCCAGCAUGCAGCAGCAGGAGUAUGCGGAUGCCAUGGCGACCAGUCAAGUGGGGGGCCAGACGGCGGAAGUUGAUGUGGCCACUGGAGAUGCGGAAGCGGAUGGGGAUGCUGAUGCAAGUGGUUUUGUUUUCGAUGAGUCACUGUUUGAUGCCAACGACGGCGCUGAGGAUUAUCAACGCAAGCAGCUGGCCCAGGACAUGAAGCGCAUCAUGUCCAAUACACACACGCACACACACGCGCAGAAAAAAGUUAACCAGGAGGAGCAGCGCCAGCAGCAGCCACCAGUUGAGCCGCAGUACAGCGAGGAAUACAACGACGAUGAGCUGCUAACACCCGUGCUCAAAUCGGAGCCGGUGGCUCCAGCUGUUGCUGCGAGCACACCCCAAACGCACACCGACUGGAGUCUUCUGAAGAAAUUCGAUCUGUCUGCGGAGCAUCAAUCGCAGGUGCAGAGCGUGCGCAAGAAUUUUGGCGCCUGCUUCGCCGGCACCGACAGCUAUUUCCACUACAACGAUGCGGACACCAUGAGCCAGGUCAUCAGCUACAACAUCGAUCUCAAUCUGCGCAUCAAGACGCACUCGGAGAACGGCGUGAUACUCUGGACGGGACGGCAGGGCACAACGGAGGAGCACGAUGACUACUUGUCGUUGGGCAUUGAAAAGGGAUAUUUACAUUUCCGCUAUGAUCUCGGCGCUGGCGAAGUGGACAUACGCUUCAAUGGAACCAAAGUCAGCGAUGGCCUUUGGCAUCGGGUCAGAGCUAUACGAAACUCCCAGGAAGGUUAUUUGGAAGUGGACGGACGCAAAACACAGACGCUGCGUACGCCGGGCAAGCUGCGACAACUGAACACCGAUACCGGACUCUAUGUUGGUGGAAUGCCUGAUGUGGCAUACUUCACGCAUCAGCGCUAUUUGAGUGGAAUUAUUGGCUGCAUAUCGGAGAUCGUUUUGGCUGGCGAGAAAUUGAACUUUGAUCCAAAUACGUUGGGCACAGCGCACAACGUGGAGACGGGCCUACUAUGAAACGCUGCACUUACAUAAGCCUCAAGACUUUUGAUACAUAUAUCAAAUAGUUUAAAUGUUAUUAUUUAAUUAACGAAAUGUUUACAAAUUUGUCUAUUUCGUUUGUGUUUGUACAAAGACGCUUUUAAAAUCAACUGAGAAUGAAACAGAAUGAUAAAGAGAGAGGAAAAGGAAGAGAAUGAAGUAAAAAGAAGAGAAUUGAGUUCUAGUUGGGAAAUUUUUUUACGCCAAGAGAUGAGCUGAGAAGUAACUAAAGUAAAUAUAGUAAACCAUACUACAUAUAAUAUAUAUAGUGCAUACAAAACCAUAAUGAUUAUAUACAAAUGCAUACAUAUAAAUA